AUGAGUUCCACCUCCAGCAAGCCUGGCAACUGGGACACCACCCGGCGACCCCGGCUGGGGCUGGACGCAGUGAUCCAGAGGCUGCAGGACACCAUCCUGAGUCCCACAGCCAGCAGAGGGGACCGUAUGCUGACCAUACGUGGAGACGGGCAGCAGGCAUUGCCCAUCCCCUUGCCUGCCCGCAUCCGCCAGAUUGUGGCCGGCAGCCUGGGCCAAGAGCUUCCUGCAGGUCAGCUGGCACGGCUAGAGGAGCUGCUGGCCCAGGCAGGUGUUAAGCAGGCAGAGCUGGCCAGCAGGCACUGCGUGACCAGUGAGCAGCUGCAGACUCGGCUGGGGACCACUGAGGGACAGCGGCGCAGGGCAGAACUAGGGCACAGCCUGGACCUGGAGGAGGCCCUGGGUCGCCUGGAGGCCGCAGAGCAGAGGAGCACCGGCCUCUCCCAGGUCAACAGCCUCCUCCGAGCACAGCUGGAGCAACUAAGGGUGGCCAACGAGGCGCUUGCCGGGGAGCUGGCCGGGAUGACGGGCCUCACGCUCCGCCUGCAGGGCCAGCUGGAGCUGAGGCAGCAGAGGCCCGGGGCCUGGACACAGCACCCGCGGCACAUCCACCUCCUGUGGAGACAGACCUCAGCGCUCCGGGCACAGCUGGGCGAGCUGCGAGCUGCCACAGAAAGGGGCCUGGCGGAGCUGCAGGCCGAGGUGAUCAGCACAGCCCAGCGUCUGCACGGAGCCUGCAGGAACCUGGACUCCAACCUGCGGCGGACAGCCAGCAGCAUGACGGGUGCCCUGGAGCAGCGUCUGCGGGCCCAGGUGGCCGAGGCACUGCAGCUACAAGCUCAGUGGGAUGCCGAGAAGGUGGCGCUGCAGGCCAGGCUCUCAGAGCAGAUGGUGCUGGUGGAGAAGCUGACGAAGCAAGUGGCCACUGCUCCCCACCAGAGGCUGUCCCCAACACAGGCCCAGGACCCUACACUGCAGGCUGUGGAGGGAGAGCAGCAGGAGCUGAGCCUGCAGCUGAAAGACUCUCAGGCAGAGGUGGCCAGGCCCCAGCGACAGCUUUGUGAGAACCAGCGAGAGCGCCAGAACCUCCUGGGCCAGCACAGCCAGGCAUGCGAUGAGCCCCCAGACCAGCAGCAAGCACAAAGUCAGGGGCACCUGGAGCAGCUGCAGGUGGAGGUCUCAGGGCUGAGGAAGGCACUGCGCACGGCCCAGCUGCAGAGAGACAGCCUGGAGAACGAGCACCUCGGCGUGCGGGACGCGCUGGGCCGGGCAGAGGCCAACAACAUGGACCUGGAGCUGCUUGUCCAGCGGCUGAGGUCUGAGGGGGCGGAGCGAAGGGGUGUCCUGGCCCAGAUGGCUGCCCUGCUGGAUGGGCUGGCCCACGACAAAGCUGCCCUCAGCCACCUGGUCCUGCAGGUGAGCUGUGGGUCUGAGCCCCCGUGCUGUGUGGGGGAGCCCGGCCUGCGUCAGGACAGCAAGGCACUGCAGCAAGAGCAGGCAGAGGCCCAGAAGCAGCUGGCAGAGGUGGAGCAGCGGCUGCAGCGGGAACAGCAGCAGCGGAAGGCACUGCAGCAGACCUGCACACACCUGGAAGAGCAGGUGGCCCAGCCCAAGCCCUCCAUGCCCACCGCCCCCAUAACUCCAGGAUCCACCUCCCCCUGGACGCUGGAGUCCAGCAGAGGUGGAUCUGCAGGCCAGGUCACUACCAGGGAGCAGGUCCUGCAGCAGCAGCUGGGGCGAAGCCUACAGGCCCAGGAGGCACAGCUGGACACCCUGCGGAAGGCCGUGCAGGACAAGGCCACCCUGGCCAAAGAGCAGGCAGCCCUGGCGCAGCUGGCGCAGCUGGCAUCCGUGGAGGCUGCAGAUCUCAGGAACCAGAGGGAAGCACUGCAGAGCCAGCUCCUGGAGGCUGAACAGCAGGUGGCCCAGCUGGCAGGGGAGGCCCAGAGUGCCCGGCAGGACCGGCAGAGCCUGCAAGUGGAGUUGGAACAGUCGAGAAGUGACUGGGAAGUCCAGGAGGCGGCACUGAAGUUGGAAUUGGAGCGAAUGAGGCAGCAGGUUGACCAGCGAGAGCGUGACAGACAGCUGGACAUGCAGCGCCAAGCCUGGGUCGAGAGCGAAGAGCUGGCAAAGCUGAGGCAGCAGGAUAUCCAGACCCUAUCCCUGAGGGAGGCCGAGAGGAGCCGGCUGAGCGAGCUGUCCAGAGCCACCUGGGAGCUGGAGCAGGCGCGGCACGAGGCCCAGACAGCUGCCAGAAGCACCACUGAGGAGCUGAGGGCCCUACGGACACAGCUCAGCAACACCAUCUCCAACCAGCACCUGCAGGAGUUGGCUGAAGAGCGAGGUCGCCUGGGCAGAGAGGCCGAGGCACUGAGGGCACAGCUGCGUGCAGCCCAGGAAGGGCUCCUGCGGAGCCGGGAGGAGAGCCGGGAGGAACUCCGCAGGGCGCUCGACGCCGGGGCCUGCGAGAGGGACGUGCUGCAGCGUUCCAACACUGAGCUGAGGGCCGCCCUGCGCCGGCUCACGCGCGAGCGGGCCAGCUUUAAGCGCUCCGAAGAGGAGAAGGAGCUGAGGCUGCUGAUUCUGAAGGAGGCUCGGGCAGCAGCACAGAGAGAGGCAGAGUGGCUGCGGGCACGGCUGCGUGGGCCAGACAGGGCCCAGGCGGACACUACCCUCAGGCGGGGGCUCAAGGAACUACACAGACAGGUGAGGACGUUGGAGGCCGAGAGCCAGAGGAAGAGCUGGCAGGUCCUGGGGCUGCAGCACAGGCUGGCAGAGGUGGAGGCCACAGGGCAGGCCCGGGUGCGGCAACUGGAGCAGCAACUGCACCGCAGCCUGGGGACAGAGCCGCCCAGUGCCACGUGGCAGCUGCAGCCAGGUGGCAGUGUGGCCAAAGGCCUCCAGGCUGGCCACAGGGUCCACAGUGUGGAAAAGGCAUUGGCCCAGGCCUUGGAGACCCAGAAAACCUGGCAGUGCUCCACACGAUGCGGCAACCAUUCAGCCGAGCCCACAAGAGAUGCUGACAGCUCCCAGGCUCGAACAUGGUCUCAGGCUGGCAGCUCCCACUUGGCCACGCCCGGCCCUGAGGUUGCAACCUUCGGGCAGGACACCCUGGGGGACGCGAUGAAGGAGCUCCAGGAAGCCCAGCAGGAGCAGCUACCUGGCCCUGUGGGCAUCCUGGUCCACCCAGCAGCCCUGGCCACUGUCCAGCAGGCCUGA